AUGUCGAACCGUCGAUGCCGAGUAGACGACGAAGAUGCGAUCGUAUUCUCAGUGCUGAAUACAAGACAUUUAUCGACACUGUUCGAGAAUGACAGACAUUUUUCGCAUCUGGCUGAUUUUGAAAGAGAAAUGGCUUACAGAACUGAAAUGGGUCUCUACUUUUCCUACUACAAGACUAUUAUUAAUGCGCCAUCGUUUCUUGACGGUCUUCAGCAAAUAACACAUGACAACGUGACCGAAUAUGGGCACACAAUAAACACGCUGAAAAGGUUCAACCUGUAUCCUGAGGUGUUGCUCUCGUUCGUUUAUCGACAGUUCAGAGCGUUAACAAAUGGUUUGGGAUGGAAAAUGGAGCGAUGUUGGACGGUGAAUAGAGGAGAAUUGUCACCAGUUGAAAGUUGUGAAGGAGUGGGAAAUUCCCACUACUUCUACAUCAAUCAUGUGUUCGCGCUGGCUGGUACCACAGCUGGUUGGAUAUUUUUAUUGGGUAUCCUUGUAAGCGAUUCCCUUCUCGGAGGACUCGUCGCGGUUCUCGCCUUUGCGUUCAACCAUGGUGAAGCGACGAGGGUGCAAUGGACGCCACCUCUCCGCGAAUCUUUCGCUUUCCCAAUGAUUAUUGCACAAAUUGCUGUCGUUACGUACAUUUUGAAGAACCAGUGCUCUGGUGCUCUCUAUUCUAUGGCUGUAGCUCUGUUCGGCAUAUUCGCCAUGCUUUUUUGGCAAUUCACUCAGUUUGCUUUUUUCACGCAAGUCGGAUGUCUUUUCAUUGUAUACGCUUUCGACUUUGUUCCCCGGAGGACGAUGGAGACGUUGCUUAACGCCCAUUUGGUUACAUUCGUAGUAGCAUGUCUGAUGUUAUUUGGAAACGAAAUGUUGCUCACCUCUCUCUACAUCGCUAGCAUCAUGGCUUCUUUGAUACUGGUCCAAAUGGAUCCUAUUCUUGACAAAAUUUCAUUUCGCCCGUUGUAUGUUGCCGUUUCUUCAUCAUGCUUUGUUGCCGCAACUCUUGGUAUCAAGAUAGGUAUAUCGAAGCUACUUCAAAUUGAAGACGACGCUCACAUCUCCGAUAUCUUACGUUCAAAAUUCUCCAAUUAUUCCACUUUCCACACUCGCCUUUACACGUGUUCGGCAGAGUUCGACUUUAUUCCUUUUGAGACUCUCCAAAAAUUAUCUGCAACAUGGCUCAUUCCGUGUGCUUUCUUGGGUGUUUUUGUGUUCGUGAUAUAUUUUUUCUUCACCGAAAGGAAUGAACUACUGUGGAGGAGCAAAGUGAAAGGAAAGCCUCACUCGGAGGUCUUUUAUAACGCGGUACAAACUUUCUGUUAUAGUAUGAUGGCUUUGUUAGUCAUGCGGUUGAAGUUGUUCAUGACACCACAUUUGUGCAUCUGCUGCACAAUACUUGCCAAUAAUGAGAUCUUCAGAGCUAUCAAGAUCGCGCUCGACAAACGAAUUCACGCUGUCCUUGUUGUAGGAAUGAUAGCCGCGAUGGCAUUCGAAGGAAAUGCAAACAUCGAGAAACAAUUGCGAAUUAAAGGAGAAUACAGUAACCCGGAGCAGGAGCAACUCUUUGAUUGGAUCCUGAAGAAAACAAAACCAAACGAUGUAUUUUGUGGCACUAUGCCUGUCAUGGCCAAUGUCAAAUUAUCCACACUCCGUCCUAUCUUAAAUCACCCUCAUUAUGAAGAUGUUGGAAUUAGAGAGCGGACAAAGAAGGUAUACGCCAUCUUCAGCAGGAAGCCAAUUCACGAAGUUCAUGGCACUCUGAAGCAGAUGGGUGCCAAUUAUUUAGUUUUCCAGUUGUUCAACUGCGCUACAGAACCAAACAAACCGUAUUGUGCGUACAGAGGGAUGUGGGACGAAGAUGAUAAGGAGAACAUCGGACGUGUCUCAAACUGUGACCUUAUCAAUGCUGCAGUCACACAACACAGUCCAGAAGUUAUCCAUCCUUUCAGCAUCGUCUACUCCAGAAAACACAACUACAUAGUGCUAAAGAUAUAG